UGGUUCUAUUUUCUUCUUCGAAGCCAUGGAUGCAGAGUCAUUUGAAACCUCGCGAAAAGCUCCUAUGACAUCCACAGCAGCAACAAUACAAAGCUCUUGACUGCACGACAAUGAGGUUUUUACGAUUCAUUUCCUCACAUUUAUCACGGAGUUUUAAUUCCAGUUAUCGAAACCCUGGGUCGCCGGGAAUUCCUAAUCGGCUCGCGUCCGUCCAAUCAUCUCAUUACACGUCAUCUGCAGCGCAGGAAUCAAGACCAGUUCCCUCGGAGAGAGUCUCCGCAAUCGUCGAUGAAAUGACGGCGCUCACUUUGCUCGAAGCCAUGGACCUCACGGAGAUCCUGCGCCAGAAGCUGGACAUCACGGAGAUGCCGACGAUGGCGGUGAUGAUGCCAGGGAUGGGGUUCCCAGCGAAGAGCUCCGGAAAAGGGGCCGGCGGUGGUGGCCCCGGAAAGGGUGAAGAGAAGAAGGAGGAGAAGACGGUUUUCGAUAUCAAGCUCGAAGGGUUCGAAGCAGCGGCGAAGAUUAAGGUGAUAAAGGAAGUGAGAGGGUUUACUGAUUUGGGACUGAAGGAGGCGAAGGAUUUAGUAGAGAAGGCGCCAACUCUGUUGAAGAAAGGAGUCACCAAGGAGGAGGCAGAGAAAAUUAUCUCGAAGAUGAAGGAGGUUGGCGCCAAGGUCUCCAUGGAGUGAGACAGGAAAAUGAAAAAGAAGUAGAAAGUUCCAAGCUUCAAUUAAAUGGCUGAUGAGAUCCAACAGUAGCCGAUAUUAGUAUCAUGUGGAUCUACCUGCAAGUCCUGGAGAUCAAUGUAGUUUUCCCUUCAUAAUGCAGAACAUUCUUUGAUAAAACUGAUUUGCUUACAUAUUUGAGAUAAAAGCUCACUUUUUUGUUUCUUAAUGGAUUAUGUCUUUAAUUUCUUGAUGGCUGCAACGAGCAUCGUACACAUGUUGUAGAACUAAAUUUCAAUGGAUUCAUUUUAUAAAGAAUCCUAUAAAUUGUACCUUUAACAACUCAGAAGACUUGAUUCCCAAUGUCACAAAA